AUGCUCAUUGCAAGCCACUCUCUCGCCGUUCGCCAUCUCCCAUAUUUGCGCUCCUGCGCUGUCCCUGACUUUUCACCACUGAAAUCGAUAGCCUUGCCAACCAAGAAGAUGAGAUCACGAACCAAGGCAACCGCAAGCCGAAUGUUCCUGAAGCUCCCGAAUGAGAUCCUACAGCAUAUUGCGAGUUUCCUGACUUCGGACCAAGAUCUGGGAAAUUUUGGUCUUGCUUGCAGAGCUAUCAACGACCGCGUGCUGGGCUCCGCCUCCAGCGUGUGGAGAGCUCGCUUUCAGGACAGAUACGACCUUCCUCCAGGCAAGACGAAUGCAGAACUCGGCUUUGAAUACCGGGUUCGGGCCCUUGUCCUGCCACAAGCCAUUGAUUUCAAACAGGAGGCGAGCGAGCAUCAAACCCUUUGGCUUGAAGUGAUGCAGCAGAUGCUACUUGAGAUACUGACACUACCUCUCACAUUGGAAUCGUCCAAGACGUAUGAGCGAAUUUGCGAAGUCCUGAGCAAGAGCGAGUUGCUGGAGCACCCACUCAGACAAACCCCUUCGGAGCUCUUCUGUGCAGUGCAGCUGUGCCUCACUUCCCUGGCCCUCGCCUUGCAUGACGCAGAUGGAAAGACCCCUAAAAUAAAGAAUCACUGCACUCGAUCCGAGUAUGAUCCUGCCGUCGUAUACUCGCUCGGAGAUGAUUUGAGUACGCCGUUUGUCGAGCAUGAGAAACUUGACUUGGCCCGCUUAUUGCACAUUCGCGGCUUCUGGCAGCGCCAUAUGCUGAAUCAAGCCGAGCAAACGUUUUACGAAACCUUUAUUCGGUUGCCUGAAACGGUCAGACCUCAGGCACGGAAGACGUUUAAUGACCUGGAAGCGAAUAUUGCCAUUUGUUGGCUGGGCUACUAUUCAUGCCUGCAUCCCAUGCCAACCAGACGUGAAGACUUUGAAGACCAGGAGACCUGUGCUGACCUCCGAGGAGAGCAUAUAAUCCUUCCUGAGAUCAUGAUGUUAACCGUCAACCCGAACACGGAAGCGUUCUGGCCUGAGAGCUGCAACAAAUUCAUCCCCAUCCAUGAAGACGACAAAGUCGACCGUUCCUACUUUCGCGGUAUACAAAACACGCUGAAUGGCGAACCGGGACAGCACUCUGUAUUUGGAUUCACCGAGACUAUUGCGCACAGUUACGGUGGCAUACCUGGAUGGAUGCGCGUGUGCCUUACCAUUUGCGAGGGACCUCGUGACGACAGUGACGAUGAUCGUGACGAUGAUGACCCGAGCCAGGAAAGCGGUGGUCUGUGGGUUCAUGGGUAUGAAGGGGUGGUUUUGCCUGGAGGACGUAUCAUGCUGGGUCGAUGGAUUGAUAUGAAGACGAUGGACGCAAGUGGACGUGGUCCGUUUAUUUUUUGGAAUUAG